UGCGCUGGCAACUCGUUUGAUUACCACGCGUAAACAGCGACAAUAAGAACUAGAGUGCAAAAGUUGCAAGGACCCGCCCAAACGUUGUGCAACAUUUUGUGGCAGUCACAUGCCGGUGAAGCCCCCCGAUAGACAAUGCCAAUGGAAAUUGUAAUAAUGGACGAGGAAGCAAAGCCACCCACACCCAAAGCGAAGCCUCCCGAGAAGCCACUCCGACGGAGAACACAAACCAAAGCCCCAGCCCCAGCGCCAGCACCGUCUAGGACCCCGAAGGCGACACCCACUGCGAUUAUGUGUGAACUGACGCGCCUCAAGGCUCAGCAAAAGUACCUCGAAUGCCAUCAAGUCAGGCUGAAUGUCAGCAAUUUCCAGGAUAGCCCAGAAGACGAGCCUAGUCCCGAAGGCACUGAUGGAUACGGACCCCCUUCCCAGGGGAACGCUACCAGGCAGAGGCCAGGAAGCUCCUCCGCUGCAGCCCUCACCAUCCUGAUCAAUGAGAUUGAGCGCCUGCAGCUCGAGCUGGACGAGAAAAUGCAGGUAUAUCGCUCCACCAAGCGCAACGAGCUGCAGGACAUGUGGCACUAUGUCAGCGCCAUGAAAGAGGACGUCUUCCGGCCGGAGCGUCUCAGCAUGUACACGGUCAACGCCCUGAGAGAGCGAAUCGUUGGCCUGAACGGCCAGCUGGAGCGGUUGAGUGCGAAGAAUUCGAAGGAACUGGAGACGCUGCGAGAGGAGUACCAGAAGUUGGAGCGCGAGAACAAGUUCAUAUGGAGGGGCAGCCUAUAGAACCCUCAGAGUCUAACGAAAGAAAGUUGGAUAUAAAUUAUGAUUAAUAAAUGUAGACGAUUGAUAAAAGCUUUCCAAGGAAAUAUACACAUAUGUAUGUACAUACAUAAAAAUAAAUUCG